CUCGACUGCCAGCAAAUGCUUCUGGAGGGUGUUGUGUGUGACUGUGGGGGUGGAGAGUCGUGUGGCUUCCUCUUUGCUGUGGUUCGCCAAGUGCCUGUUGGUGACACAAGCCCCUAGCAACCGUCGCAGGGCAUAAAAAGAACAGCCGGACACGGAGGAGGGAAGCCGGUAGGACACGGAGUGCAGUAUGAUCACAACCAUAGUGCGUCCGAGAACUGCCAGGCAACUUUCCCUCCCUGUACCAUGCGUGGCCUAAUCGUGCAGUGUCCUCCAACGCAGUUCAACAUGGCUGGAGAUGAUGGAGGAAGAAACAUGAACUUAGGAAAGAACCUCAUGUGCCGACUAAAGUGCAUGUUCUCCGACUCGUCUGCUCCGGAGAGGCUAAGUUUAGAAGAUACCCAACAAUGGGCCCACUCUCUGGACCGCCUUCUCAGGUCAAAAUAUGGCCUGGCCACAUUCCGCACCUUUCUCAAAUUGGAAUACAGCGACGAAAACAUUGAAUUCUGGUUGACGUGCGAAGACUACAAGAAGCUCACGUCUUCGCAUAAGAUGAUGGCAAGGGCGAAGAAAAUCUUCGAGCAAUUCGUUAAAGCCGAAUCUCCCAAAGAGAUCAACAUCGACUACCACACACGGGAGGAAAUCAAGAGAAGCGUAAGAAAGGCGACGGUGCAAUGUUUCGACGAGGCUCAGAAGAUUGUUUACGGACUGAUGGAACGCGACUCUUAUCCCAGAUUUCUACGGUCGGAUAUGUACAAGAGCCUCCUGGAAUCCCUCGCCGAAGACGCCGAACGAGGAUGACUGGAUGGAUGUACUCAAAGCUAAAACUGGAAUGUUUUGGUCCAUUUUGCAAGAAACUAUUUAUGAACAGAAACCCAAAGCAUCCCAACUCAUGUGGAUGAAACCAUCAAGAACCUCAAAAAACCCUUUACCGUAUUGAUCUACGACAACGUAAUAUGUCUGGGACUAGAAGUUUGAGUGCACUAACCCUACAGUUAACCCACAAGAAUUUUUUUAUUAAAGUUUUUUUUUAUUUACUUCUACUGGGGAGGCUUCCUGUGUAGAUAAGAAGGCAGUACCUUUAAUCUUUUCCGGUGGUUUUACGAAGCUACCACAUUGGCACAACACUAUCAAUUCUUGGGACGUCCAGGAGAUCUUGAAGAUCUGUUUUGCCAUAAAAGACUUUAGUGACAAAACAUUCUACCUCAGCCAGUUGGUUGAGGUGGUUUGGAGAUUCUUGGAAAGGACUGUAUUUUAAGUAACCUAUUUGCCAAAGACGUAUGGAUAGAUAAAGAUAACACUUAAAAAUUAGGUUGAAUUCGUUAGUUAAUGCAUUGAACUAACAUUAUCUAACUGAAACUGUUAGUUCACGUAAUUUCAGCAUUUUUUGAUACAAUUUAAAAUCAAAUGUCUGUUCACAUUUGCUAAUGAACAAAAUUAAAUUGGCGUUAACUAUAAUGAACGAAGAUAAAAAACAAGAUUACUAAAUUUGUUAGUUUAUGUUAGCUACUGCAUUAAGUAAUAUAAAAAAUACAACCUUAUUGUAAAUUGUUACCAGGGGGGGGGUUCGAAUAAAAUUGGAAAAUUGUAGCAUGUGUGCCACACACAAAAGCUGUAGGAAUCGCAAUUUUUGUUAUGUUAUGGAUUAAUUUAAAAGCAAAUGUACUAUUGUACUACGACUGUUAUUUAUUAGCUACAGCCACUGGUUGGAUGUUGUUGUUUGUUCUGUCCACUUUGAUUUUUUAAAAUAAUAAAAUUAACAUUGGA